AUGCUACGCUCGCGCGUUUGCUCUGGCAGGACACCAGUGCGCGGAGUAUCGCGACUCGCAUCACGAGACGCAAGCCUUCGAACUCGAACCGCCUCUAUUGCUUCUGGUUCGCAUGCUAUCCAACUCAAACCUGUGCAAUAUUCAACACGCAAGCGUUUUUCGUCUACCGCUGCGCCGGCCGAGUCAGACUCACCCACUCCCCUCAACCCCGUCGACCGGAUUAAUGCUCUUAUCGAGCGGAUCAAUGAGAAUGACGAUCAUAUGGCCGGAUUAAUGGAAGAGCUUGAGGUGCUUGAUGAGGUGGAAGAUAUGGAAGACUUCGAUUACAUGAAGGAAUUCAUGAGCACUCGAGGAGAAUACACUACAGACACAUGGGUGCCCUACGUCCGACAGCAAUUUAGGGAUGCCAUCCCCGAGGGCGUCUUGAACGAGGAGGAGCUCCGGUUGUACACAAGUCUGUACGGCGAACCGGUGAUUCUGGACGAUAUCGAAGAGCCGAUGUUAGCGGAAGACGAGGGCGAUGCCGAUCAGCUUUUCCGCGAGGACGGACAAGGCGGAUGGGAAGAGGUUGAAUACCGGGAGGAUGUGGAGGCUGGCGAUGAAACCCCGUUUGUGUACGAUAUGGAUGCCGCUCCAGAACUGGAGGAGACAAUCGCCAUGCAGCGGACCCGCGAGGUAGCAGAGCAAUUGGGCGGCGAGGUCAUGCUGGAACAGUUUGAGAACGAAGCUGUUCCCGACGCUACGCCUCGUAUGCACCCUCUAACCCAGGGGGGGAAAUUUCAAACGGAUCCAAGGACUGUAUUCUUGCCAAAGAACGCCAUGACUGGUCCAGUAUCUGUCAUUCUCUCCGAGGUCGCCAACAAGCAUGUUGCCGAGACUGCUCGUCGUCUGUUCGGUGGGCCGGGACUGCCUCAUUCUACUACGGUUGCACCUCCAUCUGCAGGUCUUCCACAGCUUCCCAUCCCUCUUCAUGCUUCACAAAGUCAGAUGAGUGGCAUGGAGGCAAACGCUUAUCUAUCUGUGUUAUACCCUGGUAUCUAUGCUUCAACACUGAGCGUCCUCACUGAAGUCCGGAAACGACUUGGAACAGAAUGGCUUCGCAACCUUAUUACACAAGAAGGUGGCCCGAAUGUUCUUGAUGCCAGUGGUGCUGGUGCCGGUAUUCUAGCCUGGCGGGAUGUCAUCCGUGCCGAGUAUGAGGUUAUGGUACCUGAUCACCCCAAGGAAGCACCUGUACCAUACGGAAGGUCUGCAGUACUAACAGGCUCCGAUGCACUCCGGCUCCGUGCCAGUGCACUGCUUGAAAACACCACCUUCCUUCCCCGUCUGCCAGACUAUCUCCAUGUGCGCGAUGCGCCAACGCUCGACGACUCUCGACCAGCUCCCAAGCGUAAGCAGUAUGAUGUCAUCAUCGCUCCUCACUCUCUCCUCGGCUUUGAAGAAGAUUUCGAGCGCAAGGAGCAUGUGGAGAAACUAUGGUCCCUUCUCAACCCCGAUGGCGGUGUGCUCAUUCUGCUGGAGAAGGGUCGCCAAAAGGGCUUUGAGGCCAUUUCAGGUGCCCGUGAAAUGCUCCUCAAGCGAUAUAUUGCCAGCCCAGGAUCGGAGGAGUACACGAACACAAUCGAAUCACCAAACAGUUCCGCUACCACUAAGAAGGAGACGGGGAUGAUCAUUGCUCCCUGCACGAACCACUCCACUUGUCCCAUGCACAACCCUGCAGGGCCUAUCCCCGGCCGCAGAGACUACUGUGCCUUUGAGCAGCGAUACAUCCGACCGGACUUCCUGCAGCGCAUCAUGGGAGCAAAGGACCAUAAUCACGAGGAUGUCAAGUUUAGCUACCUGGCCGUGCAGCGCGGUGUGGAUCUACGCCAGGAGCAUGGGAUCCAACAGAGCAAAGAAGCCACGGAUGCCGCAUUUGAAGGCUUCGAGGAGAUCGACGAAGCAGAUCCAGAAUCCCAAGCCAAAUUUCACCACCUGUCUCUGCCUCGUAUGGUCUUCCCACCUCUGAAACGCCAGGGUCAUGUCAUCAUGGACCUUUGCACCCCUGCUGGCAAGAUCGAGCGUUGGACUGUCCCACGUUCCUUUAGUCGCCAGGCGUACCGCGAUGCUCGCAAAUCGCACUGGGGUGAUCUCUGGGCGCUGGGCGCCAAGACCAGCAUCCCACGACACCUGAAGUUGUACGAUAAGAGGGGUGAAGGCAAGAAAGAGCGCCUUGCUCGCCGUGCUGCUACUAAGGCGGCACAGCAGGAGGAAGAGGAUUUCACUGGUGAGAAUAAUGCUGGAGAGGAAGAAGUUGAGUUUGAUGACGAGGAACGGGUUCGUGCGGAUCCUCUUCAGGCGCCGAAGCGCAAGAGAGGGCAGAACAUCCCAAGCUGGAAGAAGCAUAAUGAUAAGAAAAAGAUGCGUCAGGCAGAGAGGAGGCAGUCUGCUGAGUGA